UGUACAGAUGUCCAUGUGUGUGAAUCAGAUGCCUUUACUCUCUAUUUUGAUAUAACUCAUUCUCACUGCAAUAAACCUCUCAUUUUCUUCAUUAAAAUCCCUUUUUGCUUCUGGGGUUUGGAAUUUCGCAUUCGGUUGGCAGAACCCAUCUCCUAAAUUCAUGGUUAUGGGACUCGGUUAUCAUUCGAACAGAGUUGGAGCUGUGGCUGGUGUUUUCGUGCUGCUUUUCCCUGUUUUUCUACCGGGUUUGUUUAGCCCUUUGGGUCAUGCUUCGCCUUCCACAUUCUCGGAAUGGAACACUCCGAAGCCUAGGCACUUGCGUCUGCUGAAAAGUGCUUUACAACGCCAAAGUUCAAAACCAGAUCAGUCUGAUUUAUGGGCUCCUUUAGCUGAUGAAGGGUGGAGGCCUUGUGUUGAUUCUUCAAAAGCUUCCUCACUACCAGGGAAGUCUGAAGGAUAUAUCCAGGUGUUUCUUGAUGGAGGGUUGAACCAGCAAAGAAUGGGAAUAUGUGAUGCAGUUGCUGUUGCAAAAAUUCUGAAUGCAACCCUUGUGAUUCCCCACCUUGAAAUUAAUCCUGUCUGGAAGGAUUCAAGUUCUUUCAUCGAUAUAUUUGAUGUGGAUCACUUUAUUGACGUAUUGAAGAAUGACAUUUCUAUAGUUAAAGAGCUUCCAGCUGAAUUUUCUUGGAGUACUAGGGAAUAUUAUGCUACAGCCAUUCGGGCUACUAGAGUCAAAACAGCGCCUGUUCAUGCCUCAGCCAACUGGUAUCUGGACAAUGUUUUACCUGUAUUACAGAGCUACGGUAUUGCUGCAAUUGCACCCUUCUCACACCGUCUAGCUUUUGAGAACUUGUCCGAUGAGAUUCAAAGGUUGCGCUGUAAGGUCAACUUUCAAGCAUUAACUUUUGUUCCCCAUAUCCGAGUACUAGGAGACACUCUCAUCAAUCGGCUGCAGUAUCCUUUGAAUAAGAAGGAAUCAAAGGAGGAUAACUACCUAAGUAUGACCACUGAUGCAAAUGAACAAGGUCCAUUAAAGUUUGUUGUCCUGCACCUUCGAUUUGACAAGGACAUGGCAGCUCAUUCAGCUUGCGAUUUUGGUGGGGGAAAGGCUGAAAAACUUGCUUUGGCCAAAUAUCGUCAAGUGCUCUGGCAGGGAAGGGUCCUUAACUCUCAGUUCACGGAUGAGGAGUUACGGAGUCAGGGUCGUUGCCCUCUGACACCUGAAGAGAUCGGUUUACUACUGGCUGCUUUGGGUUUUGACAACAAUACCCGUCUAUAUUUGGCCUCCCACAAGGUAUAUGGUGGGGAAGCUAGGAUUUCGACUUUGCGGAGUCUUUUCCCAUUAAUGGAAGACAAGAAGAGUCUCACAUCUGGAAAUGAACUAGCCCAAAUCAAAGGAAAGGCUUCUUUGCUAGCUGCGGUUGAUUACUACGUAAGCAUGCACAGCGACAUUUUUAUCUCGGCUUCUCCUGGAAAUAUGCAUAACGCAAUGGUGGGACAUCGCACGUACGGGAACUUGAAGACCAUAAGACCAAACAUGGCAUUGUUGGGACAGCUUUUCAUGAACAAAAGCAUAAUUUGGUCAGACUUUCAGCAGGCCACUGUAGAAGGCCACAAAAACAGACAAGGACAAAUAAGGUUGAGAAAGCCAAAGCAGUCAAUAUACACAUAUCCAGCUCCUGAUUGUGUUUGCCACGCUUGAAAUGGUGUUAUUGGAUACCACUUUCUGUCACAAAAACAGACCACGCUUAAUGAUUCGCAACUACUGUUUGUCGGUAGUUAUCAGUUAAAUAAAAUUUAGAUUUUCCCAUUUGUUGGCCUGAAUCAUAUGAUGUUUUCUUUUUCGAGAAACCAGUACGAGGAAGAACUAUCGUAGUUUGUAAAGAUGUAAAGGUCUACUGCGAAGGCUUAUAUUAUGUCUUCUGGGGCCGAUUCAGAUUAAUGCAGUAUGUAGUGUGCUAAUCUUCGGAUUAUUGACAAAUUAUCUUAAUGUAACGAGUUAUGUAAUUACAUCAUUUUUUUGGUGC